GCCUAAAACUGUUUGAGAAUUUGAAAUUAUACGUCAAUCAAGUUAAUCUAGUUGUUUCAAUUGAACACAUAUUUAUAUUAUGCUAUUUUACCUAUGUACCUUAAUGAUUUUAUGAAAGUGUUAUUUAUUUAAGUAUUUGCUGAACUCAAAACCUAUUAUAAAAUGGGUUGCUUUUUCUCGAAAGAUAUCGAAGUGGUAGAAGACUUGUAUGACAUGUCACCGGUUCGUCGGCUGCCGGUGAUCUUUGUUAACGGCGUUCCCGGAGCCGGGAACCAGACAGUCGCGGAGACGAUAUCCGACAUCACAGGCUACAACAUGAUCCGGCCGGGCGAACUGGAAAGAGUCGAGGCUACAAGGGACACGGUCAGAGGGAGAAUGGUCGCCGAAAAGAUUCGAACGCUCGAGGAUCUACCUGAACAAUUAACGGUAGAUCUGAUUAAAGAAGAGAUGCUAUCGCAGCCCGAGGCGAAAGGCUUCAUCCUGGUCGGCUUCCCCAGGAACUCUCGGAUGUCAGAUAUAUUCAGUAGACAAGUAAAAUGGCCAGAGAAAGUCGUGGCGCUCGAAGUUGACAAUGAAGUGGCCGCUGCAAGGUUACAGAACAAACUAUCGGAACUGGGCAGGCCGGAGUCGGAGAUUAACGCGGCUCGUCAAAUAAUCAGGGAUGCCGCGCAUAAAGUCAAAAACGUUCAGAAGAGAUUUGCUCGACACGUGGUCACGGUCGACAGUACCGACAACCGUACCGCUUUAGCUUCAACGCUCAAAGAGAUCUUGUCGGAUACCAUGGAGAAGAAUAAGCGACCGGUUUCGCCAGAGCCCCGGCCCCCGUCAACGGUCUCGGCGCCCGCCGUCCUGCCCCCCAGUGCGGAAGUUCAACCUACACCAGACACAGCUGACGAAGGAAACAAAUGAUUUUUUUAAAAUUAAUUUUAGAAUACGGCCUCACGAAGUUUUCUCGUAGAGCUGUUUUUGUCACGUAUUUUGGUGUUUAAUUAAAUGUAAUGGUGUUUUUA